AUGGCGCGCACGCUGGCCGAGGCCGACGCUAUCCCCAACGGUUGGCGGACUCGCCAACCAGGCUGGACCAUCUGGCUGCUUAUAUCAAUCAUCCGAGUCUCACUAGUGUCUCUACUUCUUGGCAUCUACUACAUAAUACCCUCUUUCAGACAGAGUCCAACAUGGACAUAUCGCCAAGCAUUCACCACCCAUCUCACCAAGCUAGCCAUGACCAUUAUCCGCGAACUCGGCUACGCGCAGUCCCUGAGCCUAGAGUCAGGGAAGCUGGGCAGCCGAUGGGUCCUCAUGAACCCAGCCCCAGAAGACUCGUAUCGCGGUGCUUUCACAAGCGACACUAUUAAACCUGAAACCAUCGGCGGGACAUGGUAUCCCUCUCCUCCACCUAAGACCUUGCCACCAAUCAUCGACAUCAAGGAUGAUGAUCAAGAGCAAGAAACAGAUGACGAGAAGAGCCUCGUCAUCCUAUCAUUCCACGGCAGCGCAUUCCUCUGGCUAACUGGCCGGCCCGAUGACUCCGGCUUCACAGCCGACCUACUCAACGAGAAGCUGGGUACAGGUACCCGGUCGCUGUGGGUGCAGUACCGGCUAGCAGGUGGCAACAAUCCAACCCCUUACCCGGGGCCCAUGCAAGACGCCAUGACCUCAUAUCUCUACCUUGUUCGAGAACUGAACAUCUCGCCGUCCCGCAUCGUGCUCGUCGGCGACUCAUCCGGAGCUACUAUGGUCAUGGCUCUAUUGCGCCAUCUCGCCUCGUUCCAGCAGGAGAGCGGCCAUGAGCUUGCAGAGCUGCCACCGCCUCGCGCGUGCCUUCUGUUCUCACCCUCGGUUGAGUACAGCUUCGAGGGUGACUCGCAGGCUGUCAACGCCCACCGGAAUCAGCGGACUGACUACUGUGAUGGGGAGAUGGCCGCGUGGGGUGCGCGUGCGUUUGCCCCGCCGGAGUCAGUCCGUCUGGAUGAUCCGUACCUGUCGCCGGCGCUGCAUCCCUUUGCGACGCCUGUUCCGAUUUUCGCGCAGGUUGGGGGUGCGGAGAUGCUGUGUGAUAGUGUCAGGGGGUUUGCGGAUGCAAUGCGCGCUGUUCCGGGCAAUAAUGUCGAAUAUCUGGAGAUGCCUGGAUUGCCGCAUGAUAUUUAUAUGAUGGGACAGAUUCUUGGGUGGCAGGACGAGCAGGAGGAGAUGAUAGAGGCAGCUGCGCGGUUUGUUCUUGGAGUCUAG